UCUCAGUGUCGGAGCCUCCCGAAGCUGGACUAGCUCAGCCUGCAGCUGCCGUUGGCUUUGUGUGCAGUGGACUUGGCGCUCGGGAGCGGGGGAGGGCUAUCACUCCAGUUCACAGUCAGUGGAAUUACAGCUAGAGCCGCAGUGUAUAUAGGAUUGCUUUUCUCGCCUUCUUGGUGUAUCAUGGAAAUAAAUGGGAGACUUUUUGCAAACUUGACGAUUACAUUAUAAAUGUACGGGGAUAGGAAUUCAUAAAAAUUGUGAAGUUUCCCUGAGUAAAAAGAUCACUCCUAAAAAUGACAUGCUCAGACCCAGUUUAUGUUCAGGGAGAAUGAUAUAAAGGAAAUCUGGUAUGUCUCCUUUCCUUUCCCAUGAAGAAUAUCUGAAUGAAAUUUUCCUCACAUCUUAAAAUGAGAAUACCUGUUCUUGAGUAGUGCGACUACACCAGAAGUUCUGAGAAAGCAGCAAGAAGCAACAGCUAGAAAUCAGCAGGUAAUCAUACCUCUGGAUGUAGCAGCUGUACAAAAUUCAUACUUGGAUAAUCCUGGAUGGGAGUAAAGGUGGGGAGUAACUGGCCUUACCAGCAUGAAUGGCUUUCUUCAUGAGGAUCUGAAGUUACUAUCUCUAACCAUAUUGCACAGAAGAGCCAAUAAGAAUUUCAAAGAGAGCAGUUUCCACUAAGGGAAUUAAGAUACACAGAAGGAACCUUCACAUAGAAACUCUGUCAGAGAAGAAAAUAAAACCAACGUAGAAAGCCAUGAGUUCUACAUAGUACCAGGAAACUGAAUUGUUUCUGGCCCCCACUUUCAUGAGUUUGCCCAACAUGCUAAACUGCAGCUGAAAUGUCCACUGACAUGAGCAAGCCCGAUCUGGAAGUGUGCGCCGCAUAGGAUUACUUGAAUUAACAGUGAAGAACAUUUCCAAGGACUAAACAAGAGUUGUUAAUCCCGGCCCCUUGCCAGGAAAAUAAUACACGUGCAUUGGAUUUUCACUCACGCAAAAUUUACUCACAUCGUUCAAUAAGGACUUCGAAGCUACCUUGUAUAAAAGACCUCAACACUGCUGACCAUGAUCAACCCAGCCUGGAGCAUCUUUCUCAUUGGGACCAAAAUUGGGCUGUUCCUUCAGGUGGCACCUAUAUCAGCUAUGGCUAAAUCCUGCCCCUCCGUGUGCCGCUGUGAUGCAGGCUUCAUUUAUUGCAAUGAUCGUUCUCUGACAUCCAUCCCAACAGGAAUACCAGAGGAUGCUACAACUCUCUACCUUCAGAACAACCAAAUAAAUAAUGCGGGGAUUCCUUCUGAUUUGAAAAACUUGUUGAAAGUUGAAAGAAUAUACUUGUACCGCAACAGUUUGGAUGAAUUUCCUACCAACCUCCCAAAGUAUGUAAAAGAGUUACACUUGCAAGAAAAUAACAUAAGGACAAUCACUUAUGAUUCACUUUCAAAAAUUCCUUACCUAGAAGAACUGCACUUAGAUGAUAACUCUGUCUCUGCUGUAAGCAUCGAAGAGGGGGCGUUCCGAGACAGCAACUAUCUCCGACUGCUCUUCCUGUCUCGUAAUCACCUUAGCACAAUCCCCGGGGGUUUGCCCAGGACUAUAGAAGAACUCCGCUUGGAUGAUAACCGUAUAUCCACAAUUUCAUCACCCUCUCUUCAAGGUCUUACCAGCCUAAAACGCCUGGUUUUAGAUGGAAACCUAUUGAACAACCAUGGAUUAGGUGACAAAGUUUUCUCUAACCUCGUUAACUUAACAGAAUUGUCACUGGUGCGAAAUUCUCUGACUGCUGCACCAGUAAACCUUCCUGGAGCAAACCUGAAGAAACUUCAUCUUCAAGAUAACCACAUCAAUCGGCUGCCUCUCAAAGCUUUUGCUGACCUGAGGCAAUUGUAUAGACUUGACAUGUCCAAUAAUAACCUAAGUAAUUUACCUACGGGUAUCUUUGAUGAUUUGGACAAUAUCACUCAGCUAAUUCUUCGAAACAAUCCUUGGUACUGUGGGUGCAAGAUGAAAUGGGUACGUGACUGGUUACAGUCACUACCUGUAAAGGUCAACGUGCGUGGACUCAUGUGUCAAGCCCCAGAAAAAGUUCGGGGAAUGGCUAUCAAGGACCUCAACGCAGAACUGUUUGAUUGUAAGGAAAGUGCCAUUGCAAGCACCAUUCAGAUUACCACGACAACACCCAGCACAGUAUAUCCUGUUCAGGGCCAGUGGCCCGCUCCAGUAACCAAACAGCCUGAUCAGAAGAAUCCCAAAACCAGCAAGGAUCAGCGAACCACAGGCAUUCCAGCAAGAAAAACAGUUAUGAUUACUGUGAAAUCUGUCACCUCGGACACAAUUCGUAUUGCUUGGAAACUUGCCCUACCUUUGCCUGCUUUAAGACUCAGCUGGCUCAAGCUGGGCCACAGCCCAGCAUUUGGAUCUAUAACAGAAACAAUUGUAACAGGGGAACGCAGUGAAUAUUUGGUCACAGCCCUGGAGCCUGACUCACCCUAUAGAAUCUGCAUGGUUCCCAUGGAAACCAGUAACCUCUACCUAUUUGAUGAAAGUCCAGUUUGCAUUGAGGCUGAAACAGCACCUCUUCAAAUGUACAACCCUACAACCACUCUUAAUCGAGAGCAAGAGAAAGAACUUUACAAAAACCCCAAUUUGCCACUAGCUGCCAUCAUUGGUGGGGCGGUGGCUCUGGUGACCAUCGCCCUUCUCGCUUUAGUGUGUUGGUACGUGCACAGGAAUGGGUCUCUCUUCUCCAGGAACUGUGCUUACAGCAAAGGGAGGAGAAGAAAGGACGAUUAUGCAGAAGCUGGAACUAAGAAGGACAACUCCAUCCUGGAAAUCAGGGAGACAUCUUUUCAGAUGUUACCAAUCAGCAAUGAACCAAUUUCGAAGGAGGAGUUUGUAAUACACACCAUAUUUCCUCCGAACGGGAUGAAUCUGUAUAAAAACAAUCACAGUGAAAGCAGUAGUAACCGGAGCUACGGAGACUACAGAGACAGUGGCAUUCCAGACUCAGACCACUCACACUCAUGAUGCUGGCACACUCGCAGCGAACUGUGUUGGUCCUUAGACACCUAAGGGAGCUGACAGUAGGAGCCCCUGUUCUACUGCAAAACACUGGAAAUGGAGACUAAAGCAAUGUACUGUACAUUUGCCAUAUAAUUUAUAUUUAAGAACUUUUUAUUAAAAGUUUCAAAUUUCAGGUUACUGCUGCGAUUGAUGUAGUGGAGAUGCCUGAACACAAUUCUAUAUUUUAGUAUUUUUUAGUAAUUUGUACUGUAUUUUCCUUGCAAAUAUUGAAGUUAUAAAUCAUUUACUUUGUGUUCUACUGAGUAAGAUGACUUGUUGACUGUGAAAGUGAAUUUUCUUGCUGUGUUGAACAAUCAGGACUGCAUUCACAUGAGAUCCUUGUAGAAUAAGCACAGGCCAUUUUUCACUUUGGUAUUAAUAAAAUGUGAAAAGAAAAGAACUGGCUGGAUGAUAAAAAUUAAAUUUCAAAAAAUAGCUAUGAAAUACUGUUCUAAUUAUUAAAUUUGUAUUAUCCCAGUGGUAUUCAGUACAUCAAAAUAUGUGAAGUAAUGGGCAAUAUCAAACUUGCUGCAUAGCUCCAUUUUUGCUUUUAGCAAAAUAGACCUCCUUAAAGUAAGCAUACAUUCUGAAUUAAGUACAUCAGCUGGCAUAAGAGGUGUUGUGAAGUCUGGUUAAAACCACUGCUAACAACGCUUUGUGAACGAAGAAUGAUUUGUUGACAGUCAGUAAUGUAAGUGGACUUCCAACUUAGGGUGAAAUUUGUACUUAGGAAAACAUGAAAACUUAAAAUUAUAUAGUGUGAUGGACAAAAAUAGCAGAAUUGCAGUUUGGUUUUACCUACGCCAUCCUUGAUUCUUGAAAAGCAAUCUAUUAAAGACAUACUUGCUAGUGUUUAUGAUGUUUUUAUCAUAAAGGAUAUCAAAGAAAAAUUUUAUACAUAUUAAAAAAAGGUAGCACUAUCAUAAGCAAUUCCCCUCAACAACUCAGAGAAAGUAGUACUUUAAAUAGGUAAAUAGAAUUUAAAAGAAAAAUAAUAGGGAUCAAAUUUAAAUCCGGUUUAUACAAUAUGUGUUAACACUGUACAUAAAUGUUUAGUUUACUUUGAUAAUGAUCAGAAUACUGCCCAUUACUGUCACAAUUUUCUUGAUAAGACAUAAUGAACUUGUAAUGUAAUAUUUCUUUUUAGCUUCCAACUGAAUUGUGAACAAUUACUAGUUUAAAAACCACUUCACUUCAAUUAUGUUGCCAUGAUUUUUUUUUUCC